UUUAGUUUAAGGCUUUUCACUAGUAGUAGAAUAUUAGGGUUAGGCCUAUUGUGAAUUAAGAGUUAUGACUCGGGUUCUUUACUAAAAUUUUUAAACGAUAAAAUAAAUGACGAAUGACUGCAUGUUUUAUUGAACAGAGGAAAAAGUGACUGGUAUUUAUAAAUACCAUUAUGUCUAGUAAAGUGAAGAGAAAGGUCACAGUAGAGAACAGUAAAAGCAGCAAAAAUAAAAGCCAAGAAUCUGAGGAAGUGCCUAGAAGACCAAGUGUAUUUGAACGUUUAGGAACUGUAUCAUUGAGUUUAGGUUUGCCUUCUCAAGACAGGCAUUCUAAGGCUGAUGCGCUAGAAAAGUGUCACAAUUGGCUGAGAACUGGGAACUGCUCUUAUGGUGAGACGUGCCGUUACCAACAUGGACCUUACAGUAGUGGUUCCCGUGGAAAGUCUGAGAAAAAAGAUAUAGCUGAAAAAGAUCUUCGUCACAAGGUAAAAAGCAAACGAGAAGAUAAAGAAUCUGUGGGUGGUGGUGGUGGUGGCUCUAACUCCCCUAAACCAAAAAAUAUACCACAGAGUGUAAGUCGUAAUAGAAAAGGAGAGCAAGAGAAUAAGAUAAAGUCUACAGUUGUAGUGACUCGACCCAGAUCAUCAGCAAGUGAUGGUGAGGAAAGAGAAAAAGAUAAAGGAAGAACAGGAACUUGGGAAGAUGAUUCUGAUGAUUGGCCUCUUGAUGCAUCUCAACUGGACUAUAAAGAAGAAUUGACUUUAGAAAUGAAACGUCAGCAGUUACAACGAGAGCUGGAACUAGAACUACAAAAAGAACGAAUGAUGAAUGAGAAUGUGACCAUUACCAAGACUGUAGCAUUCAAUGGAAGCAGUGGAAGUAGUAGUGACAGUGACAGUGGUUCCAGUAGCUCAAGUAGCUCUAGUAGUAGUAGCAGCAGCAGCAGUAGUGAUGACAGUGAUGGUGAGGACAAUAGUUCAUCAUCUUCCUCAUCAUCAUCAUCAAGCCAUUCAGAACCUCCAACAAGAGGUAGGAAAAAACAGGUCAAAGAAAAAACCAAGCAGAGUGUACCUAAGCGCCAAGUCUCAAAAGAAAGACCUAAAAGCCGGGAAAAUAGUAGUUCUCAUAAAAGUAGUCUUGCAAAGCAGUUUUCUUCAUUUUCACAUUCUUCUGACACCAGGGCAAAAAAAAGACACGAAGAAGUUCCUUCUGUAAAACAGCAAACAAAAACGGAAGAAUCCAAAUUUCGAAAACCAUCUGAAGGAAAACAAGUGAAAGGCCCUCGAACUCCAAGUCCGUUUCAAGGUAGGAAAAAUACAAGUAGGCAGCAUGAUGAUCGAAAUGCAUUAAAUAGUUCCAAAGAGAGACUUAAAAGAAACAAACGUAAAAGAAAACGUGAUCAACAGAAUGAAAGAAGACAAGAUAUCCCAACUAGUUCAAAUACCUUGCAUGAAAAAAAAUUUAAAAGUCAUCAUGAGAAAGAAAAUCAGCCCAGAGAUGAUGCUUAUAUUUCUCGAGAUCGAGGUCGUGGGCAUCAUUCUCCACUCUCUCAUCCUGAAGAUCGUCAACGUAAGUCAUCCCCUGUCAAAGGAAAACAAGAACGUGGAGAUAAGCGAAAACUAUCUUCUCCUGUGGAGGCAACUUUGAAUAAAGAUAGAAAGAACAAGUAUCAUCAAGAACAAGUUGAGUCUGAACGAAAAAGAUCAUAUCACUCAGAAGAAACUUCUAAAAGACCAAGAUCACCUGAAGAAGAAAAUGAACGCUUUUCAAAAAGAGCAAGAAAGAUGUCACCGAGGAAUGAACCUUCUCAUUUAAAAGAUACUUCUCAGAAAGAGAAAGGAAGAGAAGCAAGUAGUAAAAGAAAGGGAAGUCAUCGAGAAGAAAGAAGCUUAGAAGAAAUUGACAAUAGAUACAGACUGUCUUCUCCUUCACAAGAUAGACAGUCAAAGGACAGGCGAAAACAUGACUUGGGUAUUUCAAGAAAUAGAAGAGAGCUUCCACCAGAAAUCAGAGGAUAUGAAGAAUUACCUGAAUUAGGACAAAAAAGAGAAGAUUCUGAAAGUAGAAGAAAAGAAGAGUUUGAUCGAAGAGAGCAUAUUUUGCCAAAAAAUGAGGGUGGGGGAAGAAAUUCCAGGUUAAAAGAAGAGAGAGAUAUAAAAGAUAGAGAUUUUGAAAUUGAAUCCAAAUAUAGAGAAGAAAGGAAUUCAAGACAUGGAUUUCCAGCAAGUUAUAGAGGCUUUCAAAGUGAAAUGUCUCUUCAGCAAAUAGGAAAUGAAAGGAGAGAGAAUUGGAAUGAUAGAAACAAUGAGAAUAGACAGAGAUAUAAAGAAAAUAAUCGAACAAAAGGUAGAGAUAACUUAGAAAAAGCUAAAGGCUUUUCACCAAGACUUGAUUUUCAUUCAAAAGGAAACUCCCCCAAUCCCCAGCAUAGAUUAAUAAGUGAUUUUGAUUCACACAUUUUUGAAGAAGAUUACAGAAGAUUCUCCCCAAACCAACGGCAUGGUGGUCAUGAUCUCCGCCAAGAGCAGUUAUUUCCUCCUGAUUUGAGACAUGAGCAUGAUCUGUUCAUGGAACCUACUUUUGGUAGGGAACCUUUCUAUCCAGAUGGAAGGGAAAGGAAUAAUUGGCAACCUCGGAUGCCCAGAGAUUUAUAUGAACCUUUGCCAGAACGAAAAGUUGGUGGCAAAAGACGAGAAGAGAGAAUGUAUCAUCAAAGACGAGAAAAAAGACCAGUUACUCCUGAUUUCCCAACAGUAUUGAGUGUAAGAGAUGACCCUCUUGUAACUAUUGAAAAGAGGCCUCCUUCAAGAGAGACAAAACUACCUAGAUCACCAGGCAGAAAACAUCGUGAUAGCUCUCCUGCUAGUCAUGGUAGCUGGGAUCGGGGAAGUUGUUAUAGUAGUAGAGGUCGGGACAACCGGCGUGACCAGAAACCUGAAAUGAAAAGAGAAGAACAAAAAAGAAGCAGAGAAAGAAGUGAUAAAGCAUUGGAAGUUGACAAAGGAAAAUCUCUCUCGGUUAAAUCUUGUUCAUCUCCUUUACCUUCUCAAAAUAUAGAAAUAAAAGUUGAACCAGAAGAUACCAAAAAACAAGAAUCGUCAAAAAUACGAACUGUAUCUUCACCUAGUCCAAAUAGAAGUCCAAAAGUUGUUGCUUCUGAAUCAGUUAACUCCAUUUCCAACAAAGAGGUUUCUAAAGAAACUCCUUUUAGCCAUAAUGGUACAUGUAAUUCUCCUAAGGUGUCUGAAACACUUCCUGUUGUUGAAGAAUUUAGUGACUGGAGUGAUGAUGAGGAUGAUCAACUCUUAACAAGGAAUGAUUCGCCUCCUACUAAUGAAAAAUCUAGAUCACCAGAAUGGAAAUUGAGAGAAGAUAACCAAGAGAGAGAAACAGAAGUUCUUGAUAGCUGGACCAGUAAAGAAGGUGAAAAAGGAUUAGACCAUCAAGAACUGGUUGACACUUUAGACUCAAAUUCAAGGGAAGGGAGAAUGAUUGGUGACAGAAGUCCUUUAGAUAUGGAUGAAUAUAACAACAGUAGAGACCAACCCUGUCGUGAUCUGGGAGACUAUGAAACUGUAGAUAAAGUCAGAACAAGUGAAAGUGAAGAAGAAAGAGGUUUUCCAGAAGAAAUGGUUGUUACAGAUAGCGUGGAUUAUGACCCAAUAAGUGAUGAUGAGUUAGAAGCUCUUAUAGAAGAACCUGAAGAUGAAGAGUCUAAAGACAAAGAACAAAGUGGAGGAAUUGUUAAUGCACUUGAUGUUGAUUGGUCAAGCCUAAUGAAUGAGCAACGUCCUAAAUUGGAAUUUAUUCCUGGUUCAGCUCGCAAAAGGUUCACUGCUGCUCAUGUUCUUUCAAGAAUUGGAUUUUCAGAAGCAUUUGCUGGUGCUGAGUUGACUAAGCGAUUAGUUGGCUUUUGUGAAAAACAACUGCAAGAUGAAGUAACAGAAACAAAAGAAGACCACUCAACCUGCAAGAAAAAACUGUUUACUUUGGAGGCUUCAGUUGCUUCAUUUCAUGUACUAGCUGCUCAACGAAAACAAGAACGAGCAAAUGUUGUUCAUGAUGUUGGGCCAUACAGAAGAGCUCUUUGUGCAAGAAGAGAUCUUCAGAUUAGGCGGCUUUUGUGCAGAUUUACAACCAAGAUGGCUGAUAUUCCCUCAAUCUCCUCUUCACGGCAACAGUGUGUGGAUAAAGAACUAUACAGGUUGAGCGUAAACCUAUUCAAGAAAUCCAAGGAGCCGACUGUAUCAGCAGUUGAUGUUUCUGCAUAACAUCAUGCCAAUUUCAAGAUGUGUUGUAUACUCUGUAAAUAUAACAGCCAAGAACGAAGGAGUUAAGGCUGAAGGAGUAUAGUCACAGAAAUGGAAGAUAGGAAGCAUUGGCAAGAGUGUGUCUGUAUUGACUGGAUCUCCAGUUUUUCUUUAAAACAUUUUGUAUUAUGAAUUGUUUAUGGAAAUACUUUAGUUAAGGAAUGUUAAGCUUAUUAUCAUACAUAAUGACAUCGGAUUAUAUACUGAUACAGUACUACAGAAUUUAUAAUUGUGAUUGGUAUUUAUUUUUUGUCACUACUAGGUAUCAUACUCAAUUGCAGGGAUUUUAAAGGACAGAUACAAUGUAACAAUAGUACUACCAAAUGAUUUUUUAGAUAUCCCCCCAAAAAAAGAUUUAUUUUUGCAAGGAUUGCUGGUGUUCAUUUCAGUAAUUCUUAGUUAUAUAUAUAUAUAACCAAAGAAGUGAGCUUAAAAACAUUUUUUUAACAUUAUUCACUAGGUAUUAAUGAACAAAAAAGAAUAAAAUCAGCUUAACAUAAUGUGUACUGUAUAUGGUGUUGUAUGGAAUAAUGGUAACUGUCAUAAAAUUUUGUGUUCAGAAGUCUCAUUUUAAAACUACCCGAUAUGUUUCUUAUUUUUAAACAUGGUUUAACAGUACUUGUAUGAUUUUGUACAUGUAUCUAGGUAGCUGAGGCAUCACACACCAUUCAUAUUCCUGUUCAUUCAGUUUAUUUUCAGGCCUGUAGUCAGAUAAGGGGACAUAGAUCCUGGUCUCUCCAAAAUUGCUCUAUUUUAAUUCUUUGCUGAAAUUGUAUAUUUCUAGAUUGGUUUGGUUUGUGAUAGCAUUUUCAUUAUAUGAUGGUAAAAGGUAAAUUUUUAUUUGGAUAUUUAGGUUUUCUUGAACUUUUUAAUUUUUGUACAUCUCUGAGAAAAACAUUUUGUGUAAGAGUUGUUGUAAAUUGAAUGCUCUUUCUAAUUAAGCAAAAUCAUAAAAUUUUCUAAAGGUUUGUAUAUUAAUACUUGAUUCAAGUAGUUUCCAUUUACUUAAAUUAGUUGUUACGUAUUGCUUCAUAAUAGAGGUGAAAACUAAAAAAACUACCGGCAUUAAUUAGGAAACAAAUGUAUUUUCACAUAAUUUACUGUUGAUUUGCAUAAAGCAAUUGUUAUAUUUAUGUAAUCAAAUUUUGAAAACUCAGUCACAUUAGGAUGGUCUUUACAUUAAUAAAAUUUCCUACUCCAAAUUUAUCAACUUUAGCUCCACAAUAAAAAAAAAGUUACAUACUUUCUCAUUUGGGAGAAAACGAGCUUAAUUUAGAUAUAUAUUGAGUAACGUUGGUGUCAUGAGAGCUGGAAUCAAUUUGAUGUUUUGCAGAAAUUAAAUUAUAAUCUAUCAGAUGUAGUAUUAUAUUACAGCUGGUUUCCCUCAGGCUAGAAUAUGUAAAAUUUCUAUACAUAAUAUUUCUCUACAAAAUUUGUGCACAACUUUUUAAAGCCAUUUCUAUAUCACUUCACUGAAAAUUAAAGAUAUCGUAAAUCCACAAAAAUUUCUUUCUACUGUAUGUUUUAAAACUUUCCAGAAUGUUAAUCAUGGCCUAGGUUUAAAAAAAAAACGUGUGUUAAACUGAAAUGUAAAAAAUAUACUUCCAUUUACAUUUUGUGUAAUUAGGUGUUU